ACUUGGUUGACCUAUCUGUCCUCGUUGACAAUUGCGAACACGCUGAACGCAUCAGGUCACACCGCGCCUACCGGUGCGCUGACCACUGCCACUUCCGGACCACGUCAUUGGAAUACACAAACAUCACACAUGUUGCACGGGAUACGACUACCGCUACAAAUAUUCUAUAUACGUGCCUGUCUGCUCACCGGUCGUGUCGCCGAGGCAAACGACGAGUUGCAAAUUGUGCACUCGGAACGGAACCACGCUAACCGGCCAAUUAUCGUGUCGAGUGAAGUUACCGGGAACGAGCGUGCUGGUCAAGAGACCGGGAACUCCGAACCCGCAGACUCGGGCAUUGCCGAACCGCUGAACGGGUCUGAGUUGACCGGUCCGGAAACAACUUCGAGUGGUGCUGAUGAUGGCGGACAGUCACAGUCACCGAAUCCGGACACCUUACUGAAUGGUCUGACCGAUGCCAGUUGGGAUGUGGGGCGAUGCCAAGAAUGUGCUUCCCCAUCCUCGUUGGCUAUCAUUAUUGUUUUAAAGGGCAAUUUCGCCGAUGCCCUAAGACGCCUUUCGGAUAUCCCACCGUCCACACGAGCUCCGAUUGAGACUGGCCAAUGCGAGAGCACACUGGUUUGGAAUAACUUGGCCCUGGUGCAUCAUCGAGCCGGUCAGUACAAUCUGAGUGGUUUACAGUUGAGACGGGCUUUGCGCGAAACGGACAAAACAAUUCGUGACGCCAUUCCCCAAUCCCGUGGCAAUUCCAAAUCGAGCAACAAGUCCUCGGGCUAUCUGCCGUCCAAUGAACAGUAUUUGGUGGACCAAAUCCCGUUGCACGCCUUCAGUCUCAGUCCACAUCUCGUGUUGUUGCACAAUUUCGGUUUGCAACUGUUGUUCUCCCGGAAACCCACCACAGCGUUCGCCACCCUGCUUCAACUCGUGCACACGUAUCCGCGCAAUCCACGUCUAUGGCUCCGAUUGGCGGAGUGCUGUAUCAGAGUGCAUCGGUCAGUUACUACUGGUAUUUCUGUUUUGUAA